AUGGCCACUAGCUCAGCCGUAGUCACCGUGGCGAUCUUCCUCCUCGUUACGCUCUCCGCCUCCUACAUCACAUCAGCCCUCCGCCCCAGCCUCGGCGCCUGCCAAGCCAGUGGCUACUUACCUGGGAAGGCUGGCCACUGCGAGAGAAGCAACGAUCCAGAUUGUUGCGAGGAUGGUAAGAGGUACCCUCAGUACCACUGCUCGCCUCCGGUGACAUCGAGCACCAAGGCUGUCUUGACACUCAAUAGCUUUGAGAAGGGCAAGGACGGAGGCGGGCCGUCAGCGUGCGACAAUGCCUACCAUAGCGAUAAGGAGAUGGUCGUUGCCCUCUCCACUGGAUGGUUCAAGAACAUGGCACGUUGCGGCCACCGAGUUAAGAUCACUGCGAAUGGAAACUCCGUGUAUGCAAAAGUGGUGGACGAGUGUGAUUCUGUGUAUGGUUGCGACGAUGAGCACAACUACGAGCCACCCUGCCAGAACAACAUCGUUGAUGCCUCGCCGGCGGUUUGGAAUGCCUUGGGGCUUGAUCAGAAUGUUGGUGAGCUGGCCAUCACCUGGUCUGACGGUGACAACUACACAACAAACCAAGAACAGAGUGAGCAAGAGUUUUGGCAAGCAAAUAUGGCCACUAGCUCAGCCGCAGUCACCAUGGCAAUCUUCCUCCUCGUUACGCUCUCCGCCUCCUACAUCACAUCAGCCCUCCGCCCUAGCCUCGGCGCCUGCCAAGCCAGUGGCUACUUACCUGGGAAGGCUGGCCACUGCGAGAGAAGCAAUGAUCCAGACUGUUGUGAGGACGGUAAGAGGUACCCUCAGUACCACUGCUCGCCUCCCGUGACUUCGAGCACCAAAGCCGUCUUGACGCUCAAUAGCUUUGAGAAGGGCAAGGAUGGUGGUGGUCCGUCAGAGUGCGAUAAUGCCUACCAUAGCGAUGAGGAGAUGGUUGUUGCGCUCUCCACCGGGUGGUUUAAGAACAUGGCACGUUGCGGCCACCGCAUCAAGAUCACUGCCAAUGGAAACUCUGUGUAUGCAAAGGUGGUGGACGAGUGUGAUUCUGUGUAUGGUUGCGACGACGAGCACAACUACGAGCCACCCUGCCAGAACAACAUCGUCGAUGCCUCACCAGCGGUCUGGAAUGCCUUGGGGCUUGAUCAGAAUGUUGGUGAGUUGGCCAUCACCUGGUCUGACAACGACAACUAG